AUGUCUUUUACGAUUCACAGAAAGUUGUGUCUAGUGCCGAGGAAGUGGUUAGGAUUUAACAUGGAUAAUUUAGAAGUUUUAGUGUGCAAAGUGAUAGCAGAAGAUCUCCGACACAACAGAGAGUCGAUAGGCUCCUCACUUCGCAUUGAAAAAGUGUCAGCAAGAUUACGGUAUUACAACGGACACCCUUGGAUGCAACGAGUCGACGACAAAAGUGGAAAGCCUGAGUUGACGGAGUACUACGGACUCUUCAUACCAUGCGCUCAUUGCACUGAGUUCAUGUAG